AUGGGUGUCCCGACACUAAAGUAUCCGUGGUUCCAAGUUAAGAUCCAAUACGCCGUAAAAGGGGAUCGUGACAUGAACGGCAAAACGAAAAAACACUCAGCCUUCUUCAGUCGCAGUGCGCUAGGCCAGAUUUUCCCGGACAGUCACGGUGUCCUCACUCUCGACGAGGAUUUGUGCUUUAAUGACGAUGUAGUUUUGGAAGAAGGCACGUCCAUCCCAAAGCUGGAUCUCGCUAUUCUUCGGGCCUAUAUCCUGAACCAGGAGAACUAUGGUAAACCUUCCAGCAGGGCUAGGAGCUCUCGCUCGCCCACAGUCCAGCGCUACAGCACGCCGGCGCUCAACGCAACCAGGGGCGAUAAGGAUAGCUCUGCCUCGGGAAAAGGGAAGAAUGCAAAGACGGUCGCGUUCGCGGCGCCGGCGUCGCGUAACAGUAACCCUCUAGGUGCCGCUCAAUCGGCCAAGCAGGCGGCCGACUAUGCUGAGUUUCUUGCUUGGCGCGAAGCACGAGCUGCUGCGCAAGGUAGCCCAUAUAUGCAUGCAGAUAUGGUAGCAAACACGGCCGCGAAGAUUGGCAAGCGAGCGUUUGUCAAGGAGGAGGAGGAAGAAGAACUGUAG